UGAUCAAUGCCAAAAGUAUGGAGGGAUUCGUUGCCGAAGAUAAAUAUCAAAAGUUAGCCAGCGAAUAUGCAAAGAUAAGGGCUCAGGCUUCAGUAUUGCGAAAAGGCAUAUUGGAGGAACAAUCAAAAAAUUCCAAUCUACGUGAUCAGCUGAAACAGAAAGAGCUAGAGGCCAGGCGGGCAGAACAAGAAAUUGACUCGUUGGGUUUUCGUAACAAGCAGUUGGAACUAAGGGUAGCCGCACUUCAAGAAGAAUUGGCCACAAGUGAAGCGCGCAAAAAGGAUAAAGAUAAGAAACGAAGCCACCACGAUAAAAAUGAUGCCUCGCACACCAAUGCUAUGGGUAACAAGGGGGAUAUCUCACAGGAUGCAUUAAUCUUUGAGGAGUUACAGAAAAAAAUUAUUGAAAAUGCUGAGCUGACUUCACUGAUCGAUGACAAAGAAAGAAGUCUGCAGUUACAUGUUGAACGCAUCAAAAACAUGGAAGAUACAAUAGAAAAACGUAAUAUUGAGCAUGCCGAUAGUGAAAGGCGUUUACGUAAAGAUAUCGAAGCACUGCAAUCUCGAAAUCAAGAACUGGAAACAAAGCUUGUCGAAGCAGCAAGCAUGCUGGGCAGUGAAGAUGCUUUAAGUGCAUCGGGCAGCGAGAAUACACCUUUACACAACCAUCAUCCAACAUCUCAUCAAAUGGAAAUUGAAAGUCGCAUUCAUGCCUUGGAACAAGAAGUGGCACAUUGGCGUUCACAAUAUGAACUAAGUAAACUGUAUGCCGAUUCAAUGGAAAUAGCUGAAACAAGUUUGCAAGGCAAGGAAGAAAAUCGGGCAAAUUCAUCUUGUAACAGCACAACAACAGCUGCAGGCCUUACUAUUAUACCUUCAUUUGCAGAUGGCAAAAACAAGAGAGACUCUGGAAAGGAUCACCAUGCAAUGCCAUGCAGCAAGGAACUACUAAUAUUCAAUCAUUUGAGUAAGAAACUGGAAGACCUACUCAAAGAUAAAGUAUGGGCCGAAUCCAAAGUGCGCAGUGUAGAAACUGAAGUGGAUAAUUUACAAAUUUGUCUCGAAAAUGCUACACAAGAACUGAAAAACAAAGACGACCAGAUUGAAAGCAUUAAUCAAGCACUGCAUUUACUGGAAGAAGACAUGACUACCACAAGAGUUAACUACGAUGAACAGAUUAGUGUUCUCACCGAACAGAUUAUUAGCCUAAGCGAACAGUUAGCUGCCAGUAAAUAAUUUGUU